AUGGCUCCCCUGGCCGCAGACCCCCGCCAGCUCGUGGUGGUGCUCAACCCGGCCCGCCGCAAAGCGUUCUACACCCUCCUCUUCGACAUCACGGGCUACAUGCGCUCGCAGCUCGAGCUCAAAGACGGCGACCAAACAGCUGACUCGGGCGGCAAUCCGGCCUCACCGUCACUUCCGGAUAGAAACGCCCCGCUCUUCGUCCCGGAUGCCAGCCAAAGCGGCAGCAGCGGCGGACGCAGCAGCAGCCCUAGUCACCCGGACCACGGCGGUUCUGGUGUGCACAGCGCCCAGCUGCGGGCUCUGAGGAGGGCAGCGCUGAAGCACUUUGACGAGUGGCGGAAAGGGGUUCUGGAAAAGGUCAAGGAAAUUGUCUCGGUUAGGGACGAUGAUAAGAUCCUCGAGGCCAGGAAGAAGCGUUUGGACGAGCAAGAGAAGCUGCAAGCCGAGUCUCCCGGCGUCGGUGAGGAUUUGAUCAACUUUGGAGAUGCAUCACAGGCUUCUUCGGUGCCGGCGGCGAACAAGGUCGAUGAGGAGGUUGCUGCACUCCAGGAGCAUUACCACCCCAUCCCGAGCCGGUUUACUACGAUUUCGGUGAAUGAUAGGAAAGAGGUGCUGAGCUGCCUCCUGGUCCUUGUCUUGUCUACUGGUUUCUACUCAGCACACUCUAGAGUCUUGGCCCUUUACCUCACGUCUGCGUUCGGGCUGCCGCUCUCAGCCCUCAUCGCUGAGGAGACGGAAAUCGCAAAGUCCCUGGUUGAAUCCGCGACUUCUUCCGAGGGUCAAAAGGCCAGCAUGUCCGCCGAGGCCGAGGCCGCAAAGCGACGACAGGAGAACCAGAAGAGCCGCUUCUGGAAGGUUGGUCUGGCUUCCGUGGCGGGCGCCGCAGUCAUCGGUAUCACGGGUGGUCUCGCGGCCCCGGUGGUCGCCGGCGCAAUCGGUGGCAUCAUGGGAAGCGUCGGACUCGGAGGUGUCGCGAGCUUUCUCGGAAUCUUUUGGAUGAACGGUGCCCUGGUCGGGACUCUGUUCGGUGCCUUCGGGGCCAAGAUGACGGGCGAGAUGAUGGACACCUACGCCAAGGAGGUUGAGGAUUUCCGUUUCCUCCCGCUGAAGGAUGAAUGGGGCCAGGACUAUAAACGCGCUGACCCCGAUGGGAAGCAGAAUGCCCGCCUGCGCGUGACGAUUGGCAUCAAUGGCUGGCUCAAUGACGAAGGCGACGUGACGAAGCCCUGGCGCAGCUUGGGCGACGAGUCUGAGGUCUUUGCCUUGCGCUACGAGAUGAAGUCGCUCCUCGCCCUCGGCGCCGAGCUCGAGGGUCUUGUCUCGUCGUACGCUUGGAACUAUGUCAAGAUUGAGAUCCUCAAGCGUACCGUCUUGGCUUCCCUCUGGGCCGCUCUGUGGCCUGCCUAUCUCAUCAGUGCCGCUUCCAAGAUUGACAACCCCUUCAACCUGGCCCGCAACCGUUCAGACAAGGCUGGUCGUGUGCUUGCUGACGCUCUCAUCGCCAAGGUCCAGGGAGAAAGACCCGUAACGCUGGUCGGAUAUUCACUCGGUGCCCGCGUCAUCUACUCGUGUCUUCGAUCACUUGCCGAGCGUCAGGCCUUCGGGCUUGUCGAUACCGUGGUGCUCAUCGGUGCCCCUGUGCCGUCCAACCGGGAACACUGGCAGGUCCUGCGGUCCGUGGUCUCGGGUCGCAUCGUCAACGUAUACUCGGAGACGGACUACAUUCUCGGGUUCCUGUACCGCACUACCUCCCUCCAGCUAGGCAUCGCAGGCCUUCAGGAAGUCAAGAACAUUGACAGAGUUGAGAACCUGAAUCUCAGUGCAGAAGUCAGCGGGCACCUCCGCUACCCGAGCUUGAUCGCCAAGAUUCUGACACGAUGCGGCUUCCCGAAUGUCAAGGGCGGCGAGGGCGUCAUAGAAAAGGACGAAGACCUCGAUAUCAAGAUCACGGAUGAGGAGGCGGGUUCGCAAAUGGGCGAGCUUAUCCAGCUUGAGGCCCAGCCUGAUCCUGAGUCGGAGCCCCAGCCGAUCAGAUCCAAGCAGACUGCGAGGUUCCCGAACGAGCUGCGUCACCCGUUGCAUCCCGACCCGCCUGAACAGAAGAAGAAGAAGAAUCUGAACCGGAACAAGGUCUCUAGAUCUGGUGGCGCAGCUGUUUCUGGAUCUUUCGAUCCUUUGGGAGGUGGUGGUGGUGACCCCUUAAACUUGGCAAGUCUUGGGCAGGCGAAGCAGGAACCGCGCUCGCCUCACCACGAGGAGCUCUGUAGUCUGGGAUCUCCACCUCCUGAGAAACAAGAGUCGCGAAGCUCUCAGCCUGCUGAUCCUCUGAAUCUCAGCGUCCUGGGAGCAAAGAACAAAAACGCAGCCUCUACUACUGCCGGCAAGGAUGCCAGUCAGCCUACCAAGGAGCCGGAACAUCCUCCCAGGCCUUCUGCUAUCCACUCAUUCCAGAGUGAUGGUGCUAUAGACUCGCACCAUCGUCCGGAACUGCCGAUUCGACCUAAGACCUUUCCCGUUCCUGUCCAGGAAGAGGAGGACGAUAGCGACGAUGAAAGCUUCAAGGGAAUCCAGUUGGUUGACAAUGAAGACAUGACGAGUUACUCGGAGCUCUGA